AUGACCAGCUCCACCAAGCUCUCAUUUGUGAGAGCACAUUGCUCCCAGAAGAGUCUUCCCUACACAUUCAAGCAACUUGAAGGGCGUGGCUCGUUCACUGAGCACAGCUCGUACGGUUGUUUGAGUGUGAAUCAUUUCAGUUCAUUUGCAAUAGCUGCGGAGGGUGAUGUUGAUCUACUUUAUGUCGCUAGUCUAUACUAUCUGAAGGCCAACCCUCGGACCGUUGAGAUUCAUUUCACAAUCAUCCCCAAUGAUGAAGUACAUAAUGCUGCAACACAACAUUAUUUCCAAAAGUUGGGGGCAGAAGAGAAACUGAAUUUGGAAGUGGAGUUUGAAGGCUCAAAUAUUUCACUUGAUAUUCCAAUAUCCAGCGGUGUUGAUAUAUCAAAGAAAAGGGUUGAUUCAUUCAAGCCGGGGAGAGCUGUUCCAUCCACAAAGCUGGUAGCGACACUCUCUGAAAGUAGCUGGGACUGCAAGGUACCAAGCCGCUCAUACCUAACAACUUUGAAAGGAACUAAGGAGCCUGAUAACCAAAUAUGGAUUGUUUUGGACCCAGUGGAUCCAAAAGAAGAGACUAGGGAAUUGCUGAUGCAACCUCAGUCACAUGCGACUCAUUACCCACCCUUCCUUGGACCACCUCACUAUCCUGUGGCUUCACACUCUCGGAACAUGUCAGAGGCCAGGGAAUUGCUGAUGCCACCUCAGUCACAUGUGAUUCAUUACCCUCCCUCCCUUGGACCACCUCACUAUCCUGUGGCCUCAUACUCUCGGAACGUGUCAGAGUUUCCCCCGUCCCUCCUGUCAGUGGAGCAGUCCCACAAUUCUCUCACUCUCUCCUCUGCCACACCCCCUCCACCCCCUCACUGGAACACUCGGCUACCACAAUGGAGUCACACAGGUCCUUUUCAACCUGCUAUUACUCUUCAACCAACUGCUACCAUUGACGAGCUAGUGACUCACGUGGGUAUCGAUAAAGGCCUCCUCAACCAACCUUGCUCUACCGAACAUCUGGUAAAAAUUGCUCCUUUAGUUUCAAACUGGCAGAAAUACGCAAUUAUUUUGGGAAUAAACCAGCCACAAAUUGUCAGUAUCAAAUCAGACAAUCUUCUUGAUCCAGAGAUGAAAGCUCAGCAAAUCUUGAGCUUAUGGAAGCAAACGAAUGGCUUCAAAGCUACUUACUCGGUCCUAGUUGAUGUGUGUCUGCAGAAGAAAGAUGUGCAGCUAGCAGAAUGCAUCUGCAAUAUCGUUAAAGAGGACUCGUCCCAACCACGCCCCAUCACUGGUGAGAAGAGAGAGGCCACUGAACACACUGAGCAAGGUCCCAGUGACAAAAGAUCUCGUUUAAACACAGCUAGUGAGGACACGUUAGAACUGGACUGAUUAGCAAUGUAAUUAUACUAGCUGUUGUUCGUUAUUUCACUGAAAACAAUUCAUUGAACACUGAGACAA